CAAAAUCAGCAUCAACAAGAAGACCCAAGAUGGCAGGCCUUGGUUCACCAUGUGGCGCGUGCAAGUUUCUACGCAGGAAGUGUGUGAAGGGGUGUGUAUUUGCCCCAUACUUCUGCCAUGAGCAAGGGGCUGCACACUUCGCCGCUAUCCAUAAGGUCUUUGGGGCGAGCAAUGCCUCAAAGCUCCUAAUGCAUCUCCCUAUAAGUGACCGCUGUGAGGCUGCAGUCACCAUGUCAUACGAGGCACAGGCCAGGCUUCAAGAUCCCAUAUAUGGUUGUGUUGCGCACAUCUUUUCUCUGCAACAGCAGGUGGUCAAUCUGCAAGCACAACUGGAGUCCUUCAAAGCUCAAGCAACACAAGGGUACGGAGAUGGAUCUUUAACCUCAAACCCUCAAAAAGAAAACUGCGAAAGAUUAACACCUUAUAUGCAAGACGGGCAGCUCUUUUUCCACCCAACAAUGCUAAGCAAUUCUUCAGUAAAGAGUGAGAACCAAUUAUACUUUGCAAAUGACUGCUUCACUUCUGCAUCAACUCGAUAUUCUGAAGGCUAUGAACCAGAUUUAUGCAUGCCUGACUACAAAAACAGAAAUCCUUCUAGCACCGUGCAAGGGACUGGGUAUCAUGACAUGGACGACCUUCAGUCAGUAGCCUUUGCCUAUCUCAACCAGGCAUGACAAGAUGUGCAUGUCGUAGUUAUUCUACAGGCUGGAACAGUUUUGGUUAAAAUAACUUACAGAUGUGGAUCAAGUUUUAUAGCAUGGGCAUUGAAUUACUAAAACAAGCAGAGUGAUGAUGUAGCUAUUCUUCUCUCAAAAUAGCUAAACUGUCAAGCUGCAUUAUCAUAGUUUAGUAUUCCUAGUUUCUGCAAUGCUGAAGUUCUGCAGAGGCAUCAAAUUGGAGUUUCUUUGUUCUCUAUUCAUUUACAAUAGAAAUUUCUACAGUAGGGGUUCCCCUACUGUAUUCCCCUGGAAAAAAAAUGGAGUUGGUUUUUUUAUUUAAAAAUCUCAUUUACUGCGAGCUAAAUACAACAUGUAAGGAAAUGGAUGAUAAAGGUGCUGCAUUUUGGUUUGUUACGUAGAAAUCAGAUGGUAGAUUCACUUGAAAUGAAGAAAAGUAAGUUUGCUGCUUGUAAAACCCACUAAAUUGAACGUUGUUGGACUCUGGAACCAAGCAUCUUCAGCCAUUUCUUAUCAUUUUCCAUAAGAUAAUAAUGGUAGCGAUAAAGUAUUGUUAUGAGGACCAAAAAUCAAACACAUUAUCUCCAACAAAAUAAUGGGCAACUGAAGGUGGACUCAAGUUUUUUUUUUUUUCUGAACAAGGGCAUCAACUGAAGCUAUAACACCCCCUAUGCUUGUGCUAGCAUGAUCAGCGAGAUUCAUGGUUACAUGUUGAUCUCGUUCAUCACAUUAUCCUGCAGUAAAGCUAUGUGUCUUCUUUCCCCAGUCUGUUUAGACUUUACACCCUUUAUCACCUUACAAUCGUAUAUGUCAUCC